CUGCAGACAGAACAUGGCUGACCUGUCAGAAGACCAAUGAGGGAAAGGAAACAUUUAGCAUAAUCGAUCUUGUUUUUUACGUCGUUUGUCGGCACAUUUGACAACCGUGGACAUAUUCUGAACAGAGGUAUUCAAGAUGAGCAGAUUGCCGGAUGGAAUGCCAAAUGGUCCCAGCCGGAACGAACACACCGGGAAAGAUGCACAAAUCUGGGAAAGGCCCUGGACACUUGAAGAGAUGCGGCAGAGCAGUGAUAACUGGUCUCUGGCUGCUGACGCCGGUCUCUUUCUCUUUCUUCAAGAUUUCUCACAGAGGAUGCUGUCAAAGACGCAUGACAUCGAGAAGCAGCUGGACAGUCUCAUCCGUGACACCAAGGCCACUGAUAGCUGCUUGCAGUCUGUCUUCAAUGACUUCCUCAUGCUUUCCAAUACACAGUUUAUAGAAAAUAGGGUCUACGAUGAAGAGGUGGAAGAGACUGUUCAAAAGACGGAUGUUGCGGAUAAUAAACCCGAACAGAAAACCAGAGAGCAGAAAGAGGCCGAGUUGAUUCCCAAAAUGCAGGAAGCGGUUUCUCAUGGAUUGAGAGUUUUGGACUCUGCCUUUGAGCACCUGGACAUAAAAGCAGGAAACUCUGACUCGGAGGAUGAGGAGGUGACCGACCGAGUUGAGGCCAUCUUGGAGCCCAAGGACCUCUACGUGGACAGACCACUGCCAUUCCUGAUUGGUUCGCGGGCGUUCAUGGAUCAGGAUGACGUUGGACUCGGUGACCUUUCAAGUGAUGAAAUGUCGGUUGAUAGUGAUCGAGACAGUGUGAUUGAGAGUGAAGAGGGCAAAGACGCAGAUCGUUCCGAUGAUGACUUGAGUCAGGAAGAAGACGAAGUUCACCAUAAUAUCAAAAAGAAGUCUUCGUUAAUGAGUUUUGAGGAGGAUGAAGAGGACGAGGAUUCUGACAUAUUUGGAGAGUCUGACAAAGAAGAGGAUGACACAAAGAACACAGGCUCGUCCUCUUUUGCCGAUGAGCUGGCCGCACGCAUUAAAGGUGAACCAGUGAAGAAAACCGAAGGCGAUCGUGCCUCAUUGACUUCUAAGAAGAAAAGUAAAGGCAGGAAAGAAUCCAAAUCUUCAAAACAAGAGGCAGUAGCUGUGCACGACGAUGACGACAGUGAUGACAUGUUUAAACCCCCAAAGAUGGAGGAUGAAGACUUCUCUCCGUUUGGAGGCACGAGUGGUCUCUUCAGUGGUGGCAGAGGCCUGUUUGAUGAUGAUGGCGACGAAGAGGAGGGGGACCUUUUCUCCGAGGCACCCAAACCUACCCGUCACAAAGAAGAGAAGUCCAGUAACGGCAGUGUCAGAAGCACAUCUCAAACUUCAGAAUCUGUGAAGUCUGUUAAGAAAAUCCCGCCUGGUGCUGUUUCAAUAUUUCCAGAUAACGGCCUCUUUGGUUCAGGGAAUGACUCAGACUCCCUAGAGAGUAAAGAUAACGGAUCUCCGUCAACAAAGUCCUUUUCCACUUCCAAGAUGACCCCUUCCCUGCCCAGCACUGGAGGUGGGGGUAUCGCCGGUGGUCUGUUCGAUGAUGAAGAGGAUGACAAUGAUUUCUUCAGUGGCAAAAGCACGAAACAGUCAGCUUCCUCUGGAAACGACAAGCAAAGGAAGACGGUCGAUCUGUUUGCUGAGGAUGAUGAAGACGGGGAUAUAUUUGGGGAAAAGAACAAAGCAGCAGCUCUGACUAAGAAGGCGCCUGUGGAAGAGCAAGUGAAACCAUCUGAGAAAAAGAUGCCGGCGGGGGCCAUAUCAAUCUUCGGGCCAGGAACUAAAAGCUUGAUCAGCGAGGGUCUGAAGAGACGGAGCACAUCUGCCAGCGAGGAGUCUGAGAAGUCUCAGGAGAAUGGCCUUGCCCCUGGUAUUGCGAAGCCUGUCAAGCAAGAGACCAGCGGACUCUUCUCUGAUGAUGACGACAGCCAAAUCUUUCCGUCGGUCGCCAAGAGCCAUUCAAAGUCUGAAUCUUCAAGUCAGAGGAAAGGCAAUAAGCCUCCGCCGUCGUUAUUUGAUGAUGAAGAUGAAGAAGAGGAUCUAUUUGCUUCAGCUGCCAAAUCUAAACCAAAGCCUCAAGAUAAACCUUCAACCACACAAAGCAGUAAAACUGUGUCCAGCUCCCUCUUCAGCGAUGAUGAGGACCAGUGGUUGAGCUCCAGCUCUAGUGCCGUCAAACAGGAAACCAAGACGGCAGGAAUGAAGUCGAGCGUGAGCGCCCCGUCGAAUCUGCCCAGUGCAAAACCGUAUCCCAAGAGCAGCCUCUUUGAUGAAGACGAUGAUGAUCUGUUCGCUCCGACCAAGGAAUCAAGUCAAAGCAAGCCUCAUAGAGUUGCUCUACUGUUUGAAGACGAAGAUGAUGAAGAUCAAGGAACACUUUUUGGCAUAAAACCUACUGCACAUUCUCCAGCAGUACCUGCUAAAUCCUCUGAUCUCUGCACCCUUCCCAAAUCUGAGGUGGGAAAAGCUCCUGCACCUGCACCUGAAGAGAAGACUCACGAGGAGAGGAAUGUUGCCACCAAGAAACCAGAGAGCCCAGACUUGUCACAAGACACCAGCCAAAGCAAGAAGAAGCCUGUCGGGGCCGUCAGCUUGUUUGGGGGCAUCGACAUUCUGGCCAAGAAGAAAAAUCAGAGCCCAUUGGAUGGAGAUGACGAUGACGACUUCCUGUCAAAAGAGACUCCCCCGGCUGAUGUUAAAAAAGAAGACAAACCCAAAACAAAUGCUCUAAGCCUGUUUGAUAAUGAAGAGGAAGAUGAUUCAGACUGGAAUGAUUCAAUAUUCAAAUCCAGUAAACCUGCAGCUAGAGAUAUAGUAAAGCCUGCAGUGGAGCGUACGACCUUGAGGAGCACUGGUGUUUUCCAGGACGAAGAGUUGUUGUUCAGUCACACGCAGCAGAAGGACAACGACCCAGAAGUCGACCUUUUUGCCACCUCAGGAAAAGCCUCUAACUCCAAGCCCAGCACUGUGAAGCCAGCAGCACCAAGCCUCUUCUCAGAUGACGAUGAGGAUGACCUGUUCGCCGCGGUCAAGCCCAAAUCUCCACCUCCGGUAAUUGCAGCGAAGCCCACCAAACCAAAUGCUAGUCAAGAGUCUACAGCAGAGAAACAGACUCCUGCUUCCAACUCUGCAAAGCCCAAAGAUCCCUCAUCAAGGAUCGGAAAACUUCAAGCUAACUUGAAGAUAGACCCCACCAUGUUGCGCCCGGGCUCUGCCCCAACUAUGCCAGGGCCUCACUCAAUGGAUCCCAAUUCCUCCUCUGGCGUGUCCAGCUCCAGUCUGAGCCCGAGCCCAGCUACAACUCCCAUUGUGGCGCAGGAUUGCGGCGUGAAUUUUGAUUCCCCAAUGCCCGUUGCGACACUUCACAGCGCACACAAGAACCGGCCUAAAGGGGCAGCCCUGCGGCGGCCGCAGUCCCGGGCGGCCCGGCAGCAAGCAGCUCUGAGAUCAAUGGAUGAUAAUGAAGAGUUUACUGGGCAGAGUCUAAAUGAUUCCAACCCCGCAGCUUCUGGAUCAUUCUCAUCCCUUCUGGUCAAAGACCAUGUGAAGCAGGGCAUUUCACCGGUCUCGGUGCCAACACCAGAAUUUCCCACGACACCCACCACCUCUUCCUCGUCCUCUCAGCCUCCAGUCGAUGAAAUAUCCCCCAGGCCUUCUUUACUGACACUGCCAGUGUCCACACAUGCUGGAAAACAAGACUCUAGUAAGAACAAUACAAACUUGUUGGCAGCUGCUGAUGACAAUGAUCUGUUCGGAGUCUCUGAACCUUCCUCCACCAUAAGGACUGCACAACACGCAACACAUGCAACAACACCUGCCAGUAGAACAACAGUGUCAAAGAAGGACAAAGAAAAAUCUGCUCUUCCGUCCAUCUUUGAUGACAACAUUGACGACCUUUUCCAGAAGGUGAAGCCCAAGGCAGCAGCAAAGGAAACCAAGGCCUCAUCGUUUUUGGAAGAUGAGGAUGAUGAUGAUGACCUCUUUGGGCUGAGCAACAGCUCCACCCCUUCUUCCACAAGUAGCAAAGAAGUCAAGAGUAGCAUCAGUUUUUUAAAGCAGGAUAUUUUUAAGGAUGAUGUAGCCACCGUGCCUAAAGUCCAGAAGAAGAGCAAGGAGAAGCCCAUCGACAGCAGCUUGUUUGACGAUAACAUCGAUAUUUUUGCCGACCUGUCUGAGGUGAUAAAACCAAAACCCACGUCAAAGACAAAAGGAGAGACGAAGUCCAUAUUUGAUGAUGACAUGGAUGAUAUCUUCUCAACAAGCACAAAAACACCGGUGGCAAAGGCGCCACCUAAGUCGAAGAAAACGUCUCCAUCACAGGAGACCAGCACAACUGUUUCAAGCAACAUAUUCGAUGAUCCACUUAACGCCCUCGGUGGUGAAUGAUUGUCCCCUAGUAGCCACUUGUGUACAGUGAUUUCUAUUGUUGUGAGAUAGCUGGAGAAUCGAAGAGUGAACAAUCUCGCUGUUGUAUAUUUAAGUAUUCAAAUCAUGUCGACACUGUGUCUUAAUUUUUGCCUGACGAAGAUCCCAGUCGUCUUUGAAGAGCAUAUCCAAGGAUCACACUGGCAAAAGAACAGAUUUUGUAAUUAUUAUCAAAUACUGUUAAUUGUUUCUACUCAUGAUAGCACUUUAAAAGCAUACCACAUGCUUAACCUCAAGGCCUGAUGAAAUUAACAUUAGAAUGUUUCCUUUGUUUUCAAGAUGUCUGCAGUUUGGCGUUCGCCGUGUCAUGAUUUCAUGCGUAUGUGCCAUUACAUGGUCUUGGAGAAAUCAAUGUUUACUUGCUGUCUUAGUUCCUUUUUUUUUUUGACAAUAUUUUUAUUAAUAAGAAAGUCACUCAUUUCUAAACUUUUGCUGUGAUAACAGAGAAUUCAUUUUAAUAACUAAAAAGAAACAUAUUUUACACAAUUUGCUGUGUGU